AUGGCUGACGAUGAAAGCAGCACAGAUGGACCACCAGACUUAGAGAACAGAGGCCUGUCCGAUCACCCUGAGGAGAGUUCUGGAGCCGAGGCAGGGAGGGAGGCCUGCCCCGAUACUGAAAUUAUCUUGAGCGUGACCAGAGGUGGUGGCGAUUCUGGCAGUGGUGGUAUUCCCGAACAUGCCAGCACAGAAAAUCAGGGCACCGGCUCAGAAAGGUCAAGUGAAGACAUCGACAUUGAAUGCAUGGAAGAUGCUGACAAUUUCUUUAUCAAUGAUGAAAACCAGUUCCAUUACCGAGAGGAAGAAGAGCUUAGAGAGGAAGAAGAGUUCGGAGAGGAAGAUCAGGAAGAACUGGCAGAAGAGCAACCUCAGGUACAGUGUGGUGAGGCAAACCAUGGUGAGUGUUUAUCAGCUGAGGAUCGGGCCCUGGAGGAAUGGGUGUCUUCAGAGACAUCUGCCCUACCCCUUCCUCGCUGGCGGGUCCUUAAUGCUCUGCGAGAACGGCAGCUGGGUUCAAGUGCCCGCUUUGUAUAUGAGGCCUGCGGGGCAAGAGUCUUUGUGCAGCGUUUCCAGUUGCAGUAUGGGCUUGAGGGCCACAAUGGUUGUGUCAAUACUCUGCACUUUAACCAGCGUGGCACCUGGCUGGCCACAAGCAGUGAUGAUCUUAAAGUAAUAUUGUGGGACUGGGUGCGUCAGCAGCCAGUACUGGUCUUUGAGAGUGGCCACAGAAAUAAUGUUUUUCAGGCCAAGUUCCUUCCCAACUGUGGUGAUCCCACCAUGGCCAUGUGUGCCCGUGAUGGGCAGGUACGCGUAGCAGAGUUGUCUGCUAUACCACACUGCAAGAAUACCAAACGGGUGGCCCAGCACAGGGGAGCCGCCCACAAGUUAGCUCUGGAGCCUGACUCCCCUUUUAAGUUCCUAACUUCAGGGGAAGAUGCAGUUGUCUUUGCCAUUGACCUUAGACAAGGCAGGCCGGCUUCAAGAGUGGUGGUAACAAAAGAUAAGGAGAAGAAAGUGGGACUGUAUACAGUUUGUGUGAAUCCUGCCGAUACUUACCAAUUUGCAGUGGGUGGACGAGAUCAGUUUGUCAGAAUUUACGACCAGAGGAAAAUUGAUGAGAAUGAGAAUAAUGGAGUACUCAAGAAAUUUUGUCCUCAUCACCUGGUCAGCUGUGAUUCUAAAGCUAACAUCACUGGCCUUGUGUACAGUCACGAUGGCACAGAGCUCCUGGCUAGUUACAAUGAUGAAGAUAUUUACCUCUUCGACUCUUCUCACUGUGAUGGUGCCCAGUAUGUUAAAAGAUACAAGGGACACAGGAAUAAUGCCACAGUCAAAGGUGUCAAUUUCUAUGGCCCCAGAAGUGAGUUUGUCGUGAGCGGUAGUGAUUGUGGGCACAUCUUUCUCUGGGAGAAAUCAUCCUGCCAGAUUGUUCAGUUCAUGGAGGGAGAUAAAGGAGGGACUAUAAACUGUCUUGAGCCCCAUCCUUACCUACCUGUGAUGGCGACCAGUGGUCUAGACCAUGAUGCUAAGAUCUGGGCACCCACAGCUAAAACGACCACUGGCCUUAUUGGCUUAAAGAAUGUGAUUAAGAAGAACAAGCAGGAACGAGAUGAAGAUAGCCUGCACCACAUUGACCUGUUCGACAGUCACAUGCUUAGGUUCCUCAUGCGUCAUCUGACACAGAGAGGCCAUCACCAGCACUGGCGAGAUCCUGAAGUUGGAGUUAUGGAUGCAGACUUGGAUGAGUCUUCCAGUACCUCAGAUACAUCGGAGGAGGAAGACAACCAAGACGAAAUGCAGUGCCUGCCAUCCUGA